UUCCCUCUCUCGCCCACCAUUUUCUUUCUCGAGAUUUUUGAAACCCCGUUUCUAAAAUUCCCAUCUUCCCCUUAUUCUUCUUCUCGGAAUUUGACAUGGACGGUGUGACGGUGGCGUCGACGCCUUCGCCGUCGUACUCUACGGCGGCCUAUGUGAGCUGGGACGAGGUGAAUGUUUCAAGCGAUAAAGGAAGGAGAGUGGUUCACUAUUAUUUGAAGAGAAGGGACGGCGUUUCAGAUCUGGCUGUGAUUGGUAAAGAAAAGAGCUUGAGGCACAUGUCUUAUCAUUUCGCUAUUAAGAGCCGUUCUCUUUUCUUCUCUUCGACUUCUUUUUACAAGCUCAAGUCUCGCCGGGAGGUCGUCAAUUGGCUUAAUUCUGUCGUUUCCGAUUCUUCUUCUCGUGAGUCUCACUGUUCAGUAGAUGGCAUUUGGAAUGGAAAGGAGGUGAAAAGUAUGGAUUUUGGAGCCGUCAAGGAUCUUCAAUCACAAAAGCUUGUCCAAAAAGAAUUUUUAUGGUUAGGUUCUUCAUGGACGUGCAAGAGAAAAAAGAAACACUAUGAGUCUUUCCGCAGGAAUGGUGUAAUAAUUUCGGUUCACGACUUCGUUUAUGUCUUAGCUGAGGAGAAUAAACGACUUGUUGCCUAUUUGGAAGAUUUGUAUGAGGACUCUAGGGGCAACAAGAUGGUUGUGGUACGAUGGUUUCACAAAAUUGAUGAGGUUGAUAUUGACUUGCGUCACAAUUAUAAUUGCAGAGAAAUUUUCUUUUCUCAUUGUCUUCAAGAUCUCAGUAUUGAAUGCAUAGAUGGAUUGGCUACUGUCCUUAGUCCUGUGCAUUUCAAGAAAUUUUUGAAUGAGGCAACACACACUCGGCUGGAGCCAUUUGUAUGCUGCAAGCAAUUUGAAAAUGAUGUUAAGCCUUUUGAUGUGACUCAAGUUAAGGGUUACUGGAAACAAGAUAUACUUAGAUAUAUGUAUUGUCUUUCUCCUUCUAAUGAUUGUGUGACUCGUCAGCAACGUGCUGACGACCUGAAAACUGUUUGGGAUGUUGAUGACGAUGUUGGGAUUAGGCCUAGAAAGAGAUAUUGUCGAUCAAAAGAUGAUGAUAUGCACAUGCAUUUCAAUGGCAGUAGAGAGUCAAUGGAUACAUCAUUUGCAGAUGUGCAAGACUUUCACAAAAGCAAAAAUGGAAAUGUAUCAUUCAAUUUCAGUGGUAGGAAUUUUGCGUUCCUGUCCACUGGUGAGGCUAAGCAAUAUUCUUCUCACCAUUUAAUGGUAGGUUCUGAGGUUGAAGUGCUAACUCAAGAUAGUGGUAUGAGAGGUUGUUGGUUUAGAGCUCGGAUAAUAAAGAAGCACAAAAAUAAGGUGAAGUUGCAAUACCAAGACAUCCAGGAUGCGGCUGAUGAAGCUAACAAAUUAGAGGAAUGGAUUUUGGUAACCAAGGUUGCCACUUCUGAUGAAGUGGGUAUUCGUGUUUCUGGCCGGACAGCUAUUCGACCGUCUUCACAAUUCACUGAAGGUAGUACUUCAUGUGUUGGUGUUGGGUCUGUUGUUGAUGUCUGGUGGCAUGAUGGUUGGUGGGAAGGCCUUGUUGUUCAGGAGUUGGAAGAUAAAUUUCGUGUUCAUUUCCCAGGAGAAAAGCGGGAAUCAGUCUUUGGUAUCGGUGAUAUAAGACAAUCUCAGGAAUGGCUAGGAAAUCGGUGGAUAAAUAUGAAGGAAAGGCAUGAUCUUGUGAGUACCAUACUCUGGGCCGGAAAGCAAGACGCAAGCAAAUCCUAUAAUUUCAAUACCGACAAAAACACCAUUUGUGAGAGUGGACAGUGUGGUAAAGAAGCCACUGAGUGUAAAGGUUCUGCUGUUGAACCAGGAAAUGAGAGGGCACAAGAUGCGAGUGUUGUUCCAGAUCUUUCAAAGGAUGAUCGGCUUUCUCUGUUGAAGUGGAAGUCAUCUAGGAAGAGAAAACGUGUGACUUCGACCUGUGUACGGAAGCUGAAUUGCAGUCGAAACCUCAUCAAAAGCACUGCACAGUCAGUUGCUUGUGAACGAUUUUUGAUUCCUGCAUCCUUAAAAGUCGAUAAUGAGAACUGCAAGAACAUAGGUGAUCCGUUAUUCAGUUCUUCAGUAGUACCGCCGCUAACAAGCUUGGUAAUGACUAGGUGAUUGGAGUUGUUGCUUUCUGUUUUGUUUGGAAGUGUUAAUUUCGGAAGUCUGGCAUUGGGGCAUCCAUCUCCCUCUUUUUUUCUUGUAUGUAACUUUCAGCCUAUGGGGCUCUAACUUAGAGUCUUGCAAAUUUCAGGCUACAGUUUUGGAUGCAUUAUAAUAACCUGGUAGAUCUCUAACUUACUAAGCCUCGUUUGUCUAGGAUGUUUCCAUUAGGAUCUCUGCUUGUUUUGUAUUCUAUUUAUUGUUUUUGGAAAUAAAAAUUUUCAAUUUUUCAA